AUGGCUCAGGCAAUGGCAUCAAUGGCAGGAAGCCUUCAAGUGAGUGGCUCCACACGCUUGCAUGGCAGCAGGGUGGCCUCAGUCACACGUGCGGGUUUCACAGUUAGAGCACAACAGCAGCAGCAACAACAAGCACAAGUGAGUGGUGAGGCACAGAGUAGCCGUAGGGCUGUGCUUUCUCUUGUUGCUACUGGGUUGGCCACUGGCUCCUUUGUUCAAGCUGUUCUUGCUGAUGCCAAAUCUAUCAAAGUUGGACCCCCUCCACCACCUUCUGGUGGAUUGCCUGGAACAUUGAACUCAGAUGAAGCAAGAGACCUUGAUCUGCCAUUGAAAGAAAGGUUCUUCCUUCAACCACUGUCUCCUACUGAGGCUGCACAAAGGGCAAAGGAAUCAGCCAAGGAAAUUGUUGCUGUUAAGAAGUUAAUAGAAAAGAAGGCUUGGCCAUAUGUUCAGAAUGAUUUGCGUCUCAGAGCUGAGUAUCUGCGGUUUGAUCUCAACACUGUCAUUGCUGCAAAGUCUAAGGAUGAGAAGAAAUCACUCAAAGAACUCACUGGCAAGCUCUUCCAGGAUAUCAGCAAUCUGGAUCAUGCAGCAAAAAUUAAGAGCAGCCCAGAAGCAGAGAAGUACUAUGCUGCUACUGUGUCUACUCUGAAUGAUGUCCUUGCUAAGCUUGGUUAA